AUGGGUUACCCGCCACCGAAUAUCACGUGGUACAAAAAUGGCGAACCACUUUUCUUUUGCUGUGGCAGAAGCUUGCGAGAUUCUGCUAAAACGUUGGUCAUAAAGGGCGUGAGCAAAAACGACUCGGGCGACUACCAAUGUGUUGCCCUGAACAUGGCGGCGCGCCGACAAGGGCCAAUGAUAACCCUCAAAGUUCGCGGAGGUUAGUCAUGUUUCUGUUUUCUCUUUCGUUCUAUGAAUUCCGUUCUCAAACGUCUCAUUUAAUUCUAAUUUUCUUACAUUAAAGUUCAAUUGUUAUUUGACCUUCUUAACCAUUUUGGCAGGGAUUUUGAUCUUGAAAUGCACUGCUUUGAGCUCGAACCGGUCCCAGAUUUCAGGAGGCAGACCCUAAUCUGAAUCCAAGAGCUUCCUGUCCAAGGACAAAAAUCUGAAACCAAAGCUGAGCCAUACGAUUCCUAACCUUGAAUCGCUCAUGCGAUCUUGUUUUUAAAUUUCAUUUGAAGACGGUUACUCUCUAACGCGGUCGGAAGACUGAUGCCUUUUUGUUUUAUCUCAGUAGUCAGUGGCAACUUGUUUACCACAGUUAGGUGAAAACAUGGGAAAGAAUGUCUGGAGUAAUUGGUUUAUUGCUAAUUUGACAAAUUAGGGGCACAUUUCCUGCAGCUGAAUAAUUAGAAAGCGUAUCCAAAUUUCGAGAGAAAACGAAAAACCAUCUUAUUUGCCUCAUCCAUGUUUUCGAGCAAUGUCGACUGAAGGCAUGAAUCAAAAAAGUGAUACACAACUUGUAGGUGGAAAUCAUUGGAUUUAAUGUAUAUCUUCUUUUACUUAGAGUUGUUAACAACAUUAAACUAGUAAAUCUCUAAGCUCUUUAGUUAUCCAAGCACAUGCCGACGCGAUUUCCAUAGACGAUGAUGAGGGACAAAUUGUCUAUUGUUUUUUCAUCUCUCAUUUAUUUAGUAACUGUUGAAGUUAGAAAAAAGAAUGUCUCGGCUUCUGAUUGUAAUAAGAGUAAAGUGAAAUGCUAUGGUGAGGCAGCGGAUGGUUACAAAAACGGAAGCAACAAAUCGGCCAGUUGGGGUAAGAUACACUGAUUUCUCUCUUCGUUAAUUAAGCCUACCUCAUUAUGCCUUCUGCACUGGGUUUCACUAGAACAAGCAAGACUAGAUAUGUUAAUGCUUGAUGGUCCUUGAUCAUAAUACUCCUCACACCCUCCCAAAAAUUGGAAGAAAAUAAUAAUAAUAAUAAUAAUAAUAAUAAUAAUAAUAAUAAUAAUAAUAACAAUAACAGAAGUAACAAUAAAUUCGGUUAACACUCACUUAUCUCAUCAUAAUAUUUUAAAUCAGGGCUUAACUCGCCAAAUCACAUAAUUUUUGUGUUUUUGUAGUUGUUCCGUGCUCCGGGUAACUGCCUUUUCAUCAAUGUACAAAGGCUAACGCUCAGGGGAUUUUCUAUUUUCUAUUUUUUUUUGGAGGGGGGGGAGGGAGGGAGGGAGGGGUUCUAAAACACUUUCUUUACUCAGCAAGGUUAACUCUGAAAUUCACCAUUGCUUCUUUUCAGCUUCAUAUUCACCCAUGCUAAUUGUUGGUAAAGAAGAUGAGAUUGUCACAUAUGAGCUGCAAAAUAAUUCAUGGACAAGAAGAUCGCUAUUCCCAGCGAAGGAUGUAGCAGGGCUAGAGUGCGCCCACGAUAAACGUCACAUAUACUGGUCAGACAGAAAAGAGAUAAAUGAACUCUCCUUAACCACCACCUUCAGUGAAAUAUCUUCUCUUCAUCUCGAUCGACUCAACCCUGCACCGUCACCGAAUUCCCUUGCCUUUAAUUGGAUUGAUUUUCAGUUAUACUGGGUUGAUGCCAAGGACAUUUAUCUCGGAGAUUUGCGCAAUUGGAGAAUAGUUCGACUAAUUGAAGGAAAACUUGAUAUACCAAAAGCUAUUGCUUUGAGUCCUUCAGAUGGGUAAGUAGAAAUUUGUACGGCGAUUUUGAGUACAUUCAUCAUAGGCAGUUUGCUGUAAAGCAGCAACUGUAGGUAAUUAACCACUCUAAUCAUCCCUGUGUUUUGGAGUAUGCUGUAGAAAUUACUUCCUUUUCCUUUCUGAAUGUCAGUGUUGUCAUCGCUCGUAGGGGGAUUACAUUUUAUCUGGUUCUGGUUCCUCUUUGUCUAAAUGAAGGAUUUGGAAAGCAAAAUAGCUCGGUUUCUUUGGUGCACUUCGUCCCACUGGGUGUUAAACGUUUGUCCGUUUAAAUAUUGUUUUUCAGUUUGUCAAUUAUUUUCAAUCACAUUCAAUCGAGAGCUCAUGCCAAGCUUGAAGUUCGAUGAAUUAGGUAGGGCUCUCAAAGCUGUUUCAAGGUCCAACAUGUCAUCUUUCAGACCUUUUAAGGUUUUGUUGCUAUGUACGAGUGGUUAUUGUGUCAGUCGCGAUUUUGUGUGUGUCUACCCUGGGUGCCAGAGACUUUUCUAGCGCGGUUUCCGGUUUCUGUCAAGUCUUCAUAGUGACCCGCGCGAAAAGCGAAAAGUUUUUCUCGCGGCUUCGGCCUAAGGCCGAAGAUGUGUCGGCCUUCGGCCAACACCGAAAAUUCCCGCCGCACGCGAGAAAAACCUCUGGUAUCCAGGGUAGUGUGUGUCACACUGAUCUAGUUUUUUUAUUCUUUUUCAAAGUUUUAUUUACUGGGCGGUCUGGGGCCAAGUACCAAAAAUUAUGCGCGCAAGACUAGAUGGAACAGAGAGAAAAGAACUUAUUAACAAAGGUAUCACUUUUCCGCAAGCCCUGGCACUCGACGAAUCAAACAGGAGGCUUUUCUGGGCUGGAACUGACGAAACAAAAUCACAAGGAAUAAUAGAAUGGGUAUCCCUAGAUGGUUUAAACCGCAAUGUCACAUUCCGCAGUCCGGGUUAUUGUCCGUAUAGUUUGGAUAUCUAUGAAGGUUUUGUGUACUGGGCUGACCGGAGAAAGAAAGCUAUUCUGCGCAUCUCAUCCAGAGGAGGUGAAGAAGAGAUGGUCAUUACCAGCUUAAAAAGGCCAGUGGGAGUAAAGUUUUGCCAGGAGCGUACCGAGUUUGAAAAUAAUCAUGGUAGGACUUUCAAGGAAAUUUAUAUCCUUACAAUAGACGAGGCACUGGGCGGGGACUGGGCUAAGGUUGUUGCUGUGUUGUAUUCUUUUGAAUCAUUAAACCUUUAUUAGUAAAAUCUAACUAGUGGUCUAUUAUCAAUGCUGCGUUCUGAUUGGUUGAGCUACCACUAGGCUAUAUGUUAUAGCCCCUAGUAGCAAAAAGCGCGGGUUUUUUGGCGGCAAAAAAGAAUUAAAGUCUACCUUUUAACUAGCUAAAAUAUUUUUUAUUCUCGAUAUAUUUGACCAGCUAGUUGGAUUUUACUAAAUCAAUUAUUCCUCUCGCCCUCAUGGCCUCUGAGUCAAUAGCCCAUUCGGAUUCGAGGAAUAAUUGUUAAAUACAUAGCUUCUAAUCAGUUGUAUGACAUGAUGUAAAAUAAUGUGAGACUUUUUGUGAGGACCUGUGACGUCAUUUUAAAUGGCUUUCGUUUGGCCACAUUUUAUCUAAGCUGAAUAGAGUUAAAUUCAGCCUCUUUCAUGCUUAGCUCUAACACGUUUACUUUUCUGCUUUGGCACUUAAAAAAUUGCUUUUGGCCAAAAACGGUAAGAGGACUUAAAUUUUUUCUAUAGGCUACCUUUACACAUUCCACUUAUGACAUAAUAUUUUAUAAGCAUAGCAACUAAUUAUAGCCAAUGUUUGCUCAAUUAUGGUGUACAGAAUAUAUGAGAACAGUUUCUGGUGAAAAGAAGGAUGAUACCAGGUUUUCGUAAUAAAGUAAAAAUACACGUUGAGGGAUUACAUCUAAUCCCAUCACCCCCCCUCCAUUUACCUCCUGUAGCUUUAAGUUAAUUUCCUCAUUUUUGCUAGAGAAUCCUUGUGAUCAGAACAACGGUGGUUGUGACUACCUGUGCGUGAAUCUACAUUUCGGUAAACGUCCGAGAUGUAUGUAUAAAAAAGAUGCGAAAAAAAGAUGCGAAAGUACACAAAUACCUCAAGGUGAGUGUUUUGUUGGGCCACUUAAAAAAUAUAUCUUUGUCAGUAGCGUGCUAAGACACAUUGAGUUUUAAAAUGCCUUUUUAAUUAUAUAUAGGGUCCGAAAUUAUAUUUGUACAGCCGCUUAAAGAUUAUCAGUUAUUCGUGUCGUCAUACCGGAAAGGUAUUUUUUAACUCUUUUCUCUUGCUGGUGCUUACAGUUACCAGCGGUAAUUCCGAGAAUGUAAGCAAGACUGACAACCGUCUGCCCUGUCUGCUCAAAAAUUGUUAGACUGUAAGACUACUUGUUUGAGUCGUUUUACCUUUGUUGUAUACACUUGAUAAAAUGUAGCUUUCUCCGUGGGUGGCGUUUACUACUAUAAGUUGUAACUAGGCGAUAUCUGAACUCAAUAAAGAGAUGGAACUAAUUAUGAUAUUAAUAAUCUUUUGACUUCCAGCAGGAAAGAACAAGAUUUUUGUCGUCAUGAUUAUUGUCGUCGUGAUUAUUGUCGUCGUGCUGUUGUUGGCGCUGCUACCAGCGGUGUACACUGUUAAGAAACACUUCUCACACUUCACACAAGUAGAUAAGAACGUUAGGGAGGACAUAGGAGAGGAGCUUACCACUGAGCGCACGGGUUUCCUACAAGAAAAUUUGCCCCCAUCGUUUGAUGCGUCAGCAGUGUUGAGUCAACAACUUUGCAAUGCUGAGCCUUUAGGAGCUGGUGAAACCGGAGAAAAUUCUUCGGUCAGAGUGAGUUUUGGCUUGGUUGUUUUUUACAUUAAAAAAAAACGUUUCUCGUAAGUUCCGGUGAUAUUUCGUGUAGGUAGCCAUAUUUUAAAAUUAACUAGAGGAUGGUUGCGCGGGCCUAACCCACGAACCAUCGGAUCUCACUGGAUUACGUCCGAUAAUCUUCUCUUAGGCGACUGGCCCCAGUGCAUUUUUUUUCGCGAACUGAUGUUUCCAUUGUAUAAAAUAAGCACCUCAUAUCUACUAUCUCGUCACGGGGAAGUAAGUUAUGAGAGGAAACCGCCACUAUCAGGACGGUGGGCAUGCCGAGAAAUGAAAGUGUGCGAGGUCAACCGCCACCAAGGGAGGUGGGAGGAACUCCGUUGAACUGGCCAAAAGGCGAGCAAAACCCGAGCAAUUCUAAGCGAUCGCGAGUGCCGCGACGCAUCACGCCAUUGACGCGCGGGCUGGGCACGACGGAAUAUUUAAUAACCUGAGUAUCAGGCGUUUCUGGGAAUACAGUACUAUUGCUUACACUGAAUGAAUGCAAAAAACCCGGUUAAUAUAAAACAGCCUGAUCCUGACCUAUACUGACUACCUAUAUUUUAAUAAAACAGACCCAAAACACAUUUGUUUGGCCGCAGAGGAUCAAGAGAUUUCGCCCCUUUUUUACGCUACUUUGCAGAAUGUAAACUCUGAUAAAUGCAGAAUGAUUGAUAAUUAUCAAUCUACCUGGUCAAUUUCACUCCCCCCACCGAUGCAACAGCGCAGUUUAUUUAGAAGCUGCUGACUCCCUCAUUCAUCUAUUGUUUCCAUGAAAGUUAAGCCGAUUUUUUUUCUUUUCAGUUUCAGAGAGGAGAGUUGGCGAUUUACAAUAAUUAUAAUAGAGUGACAACGGUGAACCUGACAGCCGUGAAUGCGAAUAUGAAUACAACCAAUAAUUAUAACGUGGAGCUUGAACAAAAUGGAGGAAUGACGGUUGUAGGAGACAAUGCAAACAUCAAUAAUUACCACCAGCUACCUCAGAACUAA